CUCCAUGUCAGCUAUUACAAGUGCUGGGUGUACUUUAUCAAUCACCAGCAUGACUUUGCUGAGAGGUAUCAUCAUUCAGAUACUCUGGGCUUUCUAUGCUAAGGGACAAGUGCCAGUAUGUGAACAGCCGCCUGAUGUUGAUUUUGGCAAAAUUAUUAGUGGUGAGAAAUCGCAAUAUGUGGAGAGUGACUCUGUGCAGUACAGCUGCUAUCCUGGAUACACACUGGCAGGAUCUGAACGGAUAACGUGUGAUGGGAGAAACUGGAUGCCAGCGCCAAAAUGUUUGGCACCAUGUACCAUCACAAAACAGCAACUGGAGGACAAAAAACUGCUUCUGUCCAGUGGCCGUAGACGUACAAUAAUGGUUGUAAAUGAUCAAAUAGUGGAAUUUUCCUGCAGUGAAGGAUAUAACCCUACAGAUCCUUCAGCCAGGAAGUGUGUUGAUGGACACAUAGAUUUUCCACUGUGUAUCUCUGCCACAGGAAAGAAAUGUGGACGUCCACCUGUUGUUGUUAAUGGAGAUAUAACUACUUUUUUGCAAAAAGAGUAUGCCUCAAGUUCUUCUGUGGAAUACAAAUGCCAAAAGUUUUAUUCAGUGAAAGGGCAAAAUAAAUCUUUCUGUAACAAUGGAAACUGGACAGAAACACCAAUUUGUGAGGAGCCAUGUGUUAUCUCUCAGGAAGAAAUGCAAAACCGUGGCAUAGAGCUGACUGAGACAUACAAUGGAAAACAAUACAUACAACAUGAUGAUUUUGUUGUGUUUAAGUGCAAAUCAGGACAUGUACCCCAGGCAUUUUUAUCUCCUGAUUUCACUGUGUGGUGUCAUUCAGGCAAUAUUGUGUAUCCCCAGUGCAAUAAAGAUGUGUUAGGAAGGUGUGGCCCCCCACCUUCUAUUCAAAAUGGAGACAUCAUUUCUGACCUAUUGCCAGUAUAUGCAGCAGGCUCUUCAGUGGAAUACAAAUGUCGAAGUUUUCAUGGAAUGACGGGAUCCAAAAUAAUCACAUGUCGUUUAGGAAAAUGGACAGCCCCACCAGUAUGCUCAGAGGCUGCUAGAAAGUGUGGGCACCCACCUGCUAUUGAUAAUGGAGACGUCAUGGCCUUCCUACAGAAAGAAUAUGACUCAGGUUCAAGAGUGGAAUACAAGUGCCAAAGUUUUCAUAGAAUGAAAGGAUCUGCCUUUGUUAGCUGUGAGUCUGGCCAAUGGACAGACCCACCAGUUUGCUUAGAGCCAUGUACAACAUCCCCAGAAGAUAUGGAGAAAAACAAUAUUGGGCUGAAAUGGAGCUCGGAAACAAGAUUGUAUUUAGAAAGUGGAAACUUUGUUGAAUUUGACUGCAAAAAUGGAUAUGUGAAGGAUCCAACAUCUUCUGCAUUUAGAGUACAGUGUGUGAAGGGGAAAUUGGCAUAUCCUAAAUGUAAGAGAAAAGAGUUAUGUAUAACAUUCCCAGAAGAUAUGGAGAAAAACAAUAUUGGGCUGAAAUGGAGCUCGGAAACAAGACUGAAUUUAGAAAGUGGAGACUUUGUUGAAUUUGACUGUAAAAAUGGAUAUGUGAGAGAUCCAACAUCUUCUGAAUUUAGAGUACAGUGUGUGGAGGGGAAAUUGGCAUAUCCUAAGUGUAAGAAAAGAGAGCCAUGUACAACAUCCCUAGAAGAUAUGGAGAAAAACAAUAUUGGGCUGAAAUGGAGCUUGAAAACAAGGCUUAAUUUAGAAAGUGGAAACUUUGUUGAAUUUGACUGUAAAAAUGGAUAUGUGAGGGAUCCAACAUCUUCUGCAUUUAGAGUACAGUGUGUGGAGGGAAAAUUGGCAUAUCCUAAAUGUAAGAGAAGAGAUACUUCAGAAUGAAUAAAAAGAAGCAUCAAACAAAUAAUUUUAACCCAGAUUUGAGGAGCAGAAGCCAUUAACCAGUUAUUUGUAAUGUUCACACAUUAUGCUCUUUGUCAGUAUUUUAACCUAGAUUGUCUGAACUGAUACAUGUAAUUACUUCUUUUGUCACAAUGUAUAUUAAACUAAUCAUAAAAUAGUAACAACAGAUGGGCAAAAAGUUCCGAACUACAGCUUUUUUAUGAAAAUUGGAAAAGGAAGCUUUAAGGGAAAUUGUACACUUGGCCGCACGUCCUGAAUUACACACUUCCCGCUUGCUGAAACAGAAAGUAGCAGUAUUUCUCUCUGGCCCAAAUCAGGAACUCCUAGAAGUCUUACAAGGAACCUUAAUCUUGGAGGCUUAUAGCCCAAUUGCUACAUCCAGAGGUUUAUUUAUGGAUUGAGACCGUUUUGAGUUCCGCCCAUCCCUAUGAGCAGUUGGUCAUCGUUCUUUUAAAUGUUUUAGUCCAUGCAACCAAAAUAUUAUCCAGACAUCUAACACAGUUGUAUAGAAAAUAUUCACUUCUCUGAUGAAAAUUUA